CGGCCGAUCGCUCGUUCGUGCAUCGUUCAAGCGAACUAGCCAAAGAAGCACAGAAGGAACGAGUUUUCAUUAGCAAUCGCGGUAGCAUACGCAUAAGUUUCGCGAUUCUGUUCCUUCAAUCUUUGUGGCAUUGCCGGCCCAAGGAAAGCGAAGAGGCGCCGAAAGAAAACAACCACGGUGCGUUGGUGUGCUUUUCCUGUCAUCCCGAGAGGUCGUACACGACGUUUGUCAGCCGUACCUGAAGAGUCAUUCUUCGUUGUUCUACCGCUGCCUGUGAAAUUGUCAUUCCGACUGCUCCGAAUUAUCGCGAUUUUUUGUGUGCCUGGACUCUUUCCAUCGGUGACGAAAAUAUAGCAAUAUAUAUUAUCGGAAGUCGCAUGUGAAAGCUCUCGCGCUCGUGUUGAUUAAGUAAACGAUUUUUUCGGGCGAAACGAACACCUCACGGCCACGGUAGCGCAUCCCAAGUGUCGUGUUUUUCAUUGCGUGUGUAUCUUCAACCCAGCUCAACAACACGCAAAUUUUACCCGAGCUGCCAACAACCUGAGAGGAAAUCUCUACAGCCACCAGCAUGGCGUCGUACCAGAUAGCAAAUUUGCUGGAAAAGAUGACUUCCAACGAUAAGGACUUUCGCUUCAUGGCGACCAACGAUCUGAUGACGGAGCUACAGAAGGAUAGCAUCAAGCUCGACGAUGAGUCGGAGAAAAAGGUUGUCCGUAUGGUGCUCCGUCUGCUGGAGGACAAGAACGGCGAGGUGCAAAAUUUGGCCGUGAAAUGUCUCGGUCCGUUGGUAAACAAAGUGAAGGAAAACCAGGUGGAAACGAUCGUCGAUCUGCUGUGUGCCAACAUGGUGUCGAACAACGAACAGCUGCGCGACAUUUCCAGCAUAGGGCUGAAGACGGUCAUAUCGGAGUUGCCACAGUCCUCUAACUCGCUGGUGCCGAACGUCUGCCAGCGGAUCACCGGCAAGCUGAGUGUGGCGAUUGAAAAGGAGGACGUGUCGGUUCAGCUCGAGGCACUCGACAUCCUUUCCGAUUUGCUAUCGCGCUUUGGCGAUCUGCUUGUGCCGUUCCAUGAGCAAAUUCUGAAGGCACUGGUGCCGCAGCUCGGCUCAGCCCGGCAGGCGGUCCGCAAGCGUACAAUCGUCGCCCUGUCCCACCUGCUCACCACCUGCAACAACAACGCGUACAACAAGGUGAUCGAACAUCUGCUGGAUGGGCUGGAGAAGCCACAAAAUCCGGGCACCAUUCGCACGUACAUUCAAUGUUUGGCCGCGAUCUGCCGGCAGGCGGGGCACCGGUUGUGCAAUCACAUUGAGCGCGUAAUGUUUCUGCUCAACCAGUACAGCCUGCGGGACGACGAUGAGCUGCGGGAGUUCUGUCUGCAGGCGUGCGAAGCAUUUGUGCAGCGUUGCCCGGAAGCGAUCAUGCCACAUAUUCCGACGAUCGUCGACCUUUGUUUAAAGUACAUUACGUACGAUCCCAACUACAACUACGAGGCGGACGAUGGUGAUGCGGGAAAUUCGAUGGACAUGGAAGACGACGAGGAAAUUGACAGCGAAGAGUACAGUGACGAUGACGACAUGAGCUGGAAGGUGCGCCGAUCGGCCGCAAAGUGUUUGGAGUCGGUCAUCUCUACCAGACACGAGCUAUUGGAGGAAUUCUACAAAACCCUCUCCCCGGCCCUUAUCGCACGCUUCAAGGAACGCGAAGAGAACGUUAAGUCAGACAUAUUCCACGCGUACAUUGCGCUGCUGAAAUCGACCCGCCCGAUGGGUGACGAUCUGUUGGGACACGAUCCGGACUCGAUGGAGCAAAUCCCGGGUCCGAUCGCGAUGCUCCAGGAUCAGGUGCCAACGAUCGUGAAGGCGGUGCAGCCGUUGAUGCGCGAAAAAUCGGUCAAAACACGCCAGGACUGUUUUCUGCUGUUGCGCGAGCUGCUCAAUGCACUGCCGGGGGCCCUUUCGAAUCACAUCGAUCAGCUGAUGAACGGCAUACACUACUCGCUGAACGACAAAAACUCCACCUCGAACAUGAAGAUCGAUGCGCUCGGGUUCGUGUACUGCAUGCUCGUCGGCCACAAUCCCCAGGUGUUCCACGCGCACAUCGAAAUCCUCGUGCCGCUCGUCGUGAACGCGGUGUUCGAUCCGUUCUACAAAAUUGCCACCGAAGCGCUGCUGGUGCUGCAGCAGCUCGUGAAGGUGAUUCGUCCCGUCGAUGUGCCAGCGACGGCUCCAGCGGCCGCCUCCACGUUCGAUUUCACUCCGUAUGUUUCGCAGCUGUACACGAGCACCCUGCAGAAGCUCCGGUCGCCCGAGGUCGAUCAGGAGGUUAAGGAGCGUGCGAUUGCCUGCAUGGGUCAGAUCAUCGCCAACAUGGGCGACGUGUUGCAGCCCGAGCUUGUCACCUGCCUGCCACUGUUCAUGGAGCGUCUGCGCAACGAAGUGACGCGACUCAGCUCGGUUAAGGCGCUCACGAUGAUCGCCGCUUCGCCACUCCGUGUCAACCUUAGUCCGAUCAUCGCGGAAGUGAUCCCGGUGCUCGGGUCGUUCCUGCGCAAAAAUCAACGCGCCCUCAAACUUAACUCGCUCACACUGCUCGACACGCUCGUGUCACACUACAGCCAGUUUAUCGAGCCGCUGUUACUGCGCAACGCCGUAGCCGAGGUUCCACCACUGCUGAGCGAGUCGGAUCUGCACGUGGCGCAGCUUUCGCUCGUUCUGCUCACCUCGGUUGCCCGCCAGCAGCCGCAAGCGUUGAUUGGCGUGCACGAACAGAUCCUGCAGGAGGUGAUGACACUCGUCCGGUCGCCGCUGCUACAGGGAACCGCACUUAACUGCACGCUGAAGCUGUUCCAAGCGCUCGUGCAAGCACAACUGCCGGGGCUCGGCUACCGGCACCUGCUGGCCAUGCUGAUGAACCCGGUGUACAACCAGCAGCUGCACGUGGGCAGUGCUCCGCUGCACAAGCAGGCGUACCACUCGCUGGCCAAAUGCAUCGCCGCCCUAACGCUGCAGGUGCCGAACGAGGCGCUUGUGGUGGCCGGCGAGUUUCUGCGUGAAAUUCAAAACCGACGUAACGACUCGCACCUGAUGUUCUAUCUGCUAACGAUCGGUGAAAUUGGCCGUCACUUCAAUCUGCAAUCCAUCGACACACUGGCACAAACGAUCCUUAACUGCUUCUCAGCAUCGUCCGAGGAUGUAAAAGGAGCCGCCAGCCAUGCUCUCGGUGCGAUCGCGGUCGGCAAUCUGAACCAUUAUCUGCCCUUCAUACUGGCGGAGAUCGAGGCCCAGCCGAAGCGGCAGUAUCUGCUACUGCACUCGCUGAAAGAAGUCAUCUCAUCGCUGUCGACCAGUAAGGCCGGCCUGGAGCAACUGCUCCCCUCGGUUCCCUCGAUUUGGACGCAGCUGUUCAAGCACUGCGAGUGCUCGGAGGAGGGUUCACGCAACGUCGUGGCCGAAUGUCUCGGCAAGCUCGUGCUGGUCAACCCCGAGGAGCUGCUGCCUCGGCUCCAGAUGGCGCUGCGCAGUGAAAGCGCGCUGAUGCGUACGGCCGUCGUGUCGGCCAUCAAGUUCACCAUCUCCGAUCAGCCGCAACCGAUCGAUCCGCUGCUGCGGCAGUGCAUCGGCCAGUUCCUGUUCGCCCUGCAGGACCCGGAACCGUCGGUGCGGCGCGUCGCACUGGUCGCCUUCAACUCGGCGGUACACAACAAACCGAGCCUGGUGCGCGAUCUGCUGCCCGAACUGCUGCCCCAGCUGUACUCCGAGACGAAGGUCAAGAAGGAGCUGAUCCGCGAGGUGGAGAUGGGCCCAUUCAAACACACCGUCGACGAUGGGCUGGACAUCCGGAAAGCGGCCUUCGAGUGCAUGUACACGCUGCUGGAGCAGGGUCUCGAUCGUGUCGACAUCAUGCAGUUUCUCGAGCACGUGCAGGCCGGCCUGCGCGACCACUACGAUAUUAAGAUGCUUACGUAUCUCAUGACCGCGCGGUUGGCUGCUCUCUGCCCGAACGCUGUGCUGCAGAAGCUGGAUCAAUUCGUGGAACCGCUAAGGGCAACCUGCACACUGAAGGUCAAAGCCAACUCGGUGAAGCAAGAAUACGAAAAGCAGGACGAACUUAAGCGAUCGGCAUUGCGUGCAGUGGCCGCCCUGCUUCAAAUUCCUAAGGCUGAUAAAAAUAUAUACCUGGCCGAGUUUCUGAUACUGAUCCGCAGCUCGUCCGAGCUGCAGCCGCUGCUCGAAUCGGUACAGAAGGAUUCGUCCGUGCUGACCAACAACAACGUCGACGGGCGUGACCUCUCGAUGGACCAGAGCUAGGUGGACAGGCACAAGAAGGCGCGCAUCAGUUGAUACUGUUCCGAAGAAACGUAGCACGACGAUGGCGGUGGUGUAUCACGCAAAGCAAACAGGGAGGGGAUAGGGAACCCGGAACAGGGCCGUAGGAAGUGAUCAGAUUAACUCGUUCAGUAGUGUAUUGUGUGAUGAUCGUUGUGCGACUCGUCUUGUAUGUUGCUUAUUAUCACCAUGGUCAUUAGCAUCGGCGUUAUAAAUGGAUACACAUACAGAGAUAGGCAAGAUACAAACAACAGCCAAACAACGCAAAAGGAUAACAACUAAGAUUGUACAACCCCCCCUCCCACGGCUACAGGAUGAUAUGUGUAGUGGAUCGAAGUAAAUAUUAAGUAGCAUUGCUAUGAUUUUGUGCGACCUUAUCUUUGUAAGCGAAAGUGAAAUCGACCCAUCUAACCGACAUCCCGACGUGAAUGUGUGUAAAAAAGCGCGAACAUUUUUAAAUUUGUUUGAAAAAAAACCAAAACGCGCCCGCUUUAUGCAUGCAUUUUCUUCGAAGAUCCUCAUUUGACUAUCAAAAAACAAACAACAGCAACAAAAGCACUGUGUAUCGAAGGAGACAAGAAACGAGAAAGAACACUGACGAAACGAACAACAAAUGGUCGACUUUACAUGCACUAGUUUUUUUUUUAAAGUUCUAUUUUUUCUAUGAAAACACAUCGUUCUAAUAUAGUUCUCACGCCCUUCCAAAAUGAAAGGACAAAGCAAAUUGCGGACGCUUUGAAAUUCGUGUUAAAUGUAUGAUGAUAUCCUCUCGUGUUCGUAACGAUGUUGGUCCCCUCGAGUGUUAAUGCGUCGUUGACUUUAAAAAGGAACCAUAUUAAACAACAGAAGCACCGAUUGGAACGAAGUAAAUAUGAUCUGAACGAGAAUUAAACAAAAAAUAAACCAAUCAUGAACA